AUGUCCCUCUAUACCACGUCAUGGCAGACGUUGAGUCCAUUCCUGCGGACGGACCGAAGGAAAGAUGUGCAGGACCAAAAUAGAUGCCGAAUCACCAAUGCGAUAACGAACUUCAUUCACGGUUUCAACAAGUCAAACAAGCAGCACGACCCCGUGGUAAAAUUCUGCACAUCUGCGACCCGAGCCACGACACGGUUCCUCAAACGAAACCCGGACAUCUGUAUUCUAUCCGCUGAUAAGGGCAACAGAACGGUUAUCAUGUACCGAGAAGAGUACAACCAAAAGAUGAGAGCGUUGAUCAACGACGAUGACACAUACGUGGAAGUGAAGAGAGAUCCGACCCCAAGUAUCCAGUCAAAGAACAACAGCAUUGUAAGAAGAAUGAAAGAUCUCCAACUGGUCGACAACUACACCGCACGCGAACUCAGCAGAUACGAUUCUGUCUGCCCAAGAAUCUACGGGCAACCGAAAGCACACAAACAGGACGUACCGCUCAGACCUGUAAUCCCCAACAUGACAGCUCCAACCUACAUGCUGUCAAAAUUCGUUGCGCGCAUACUGCAAGAAUCUCUUGUAAGCAAGUAUAACACCGCCAGCUCUUUCACGUUCUGCCAAGAAAUCCAACAAAUCAAGCUACCAGAAGGAUACGUCAUCGUGUCGCUAGAUGUGGUGUCACUUUUCACAAAUGUCCCCAGAGAAUUAGUCCGCAAAAGCAUAAUCGAUAGGUGGUCCGAGAUUAACACCGAAAUCAAUCUGGACCUGUUCAUCGAAAUAGUUGAUCUGUGUAUGGACUCAAGCUAUUUUAGGUUCGAAGGGAAAUACUUCAAACAAAUUUUCAGUACAGCUAUGGGAAGCUCGUUGUCACCUAUCCUAGCCGACAUUGCAUUAGACUCAGUAAUCGAUAAAGCAAUAUCAACCCUUCCCUUCCAAAUUCCCGUCCUAAAAAAGUAUGUCGAUGAUAUAUUCAUAGCUGUUAGUUCAGUGGCAAUGAGCAGCGUUCAGAUUAUUCAAAACUAUUUUCUGUGCUAA